UAGUGGUUUUGCCCUUUGUCCUGAAUACAUCUGCUGGAAUCAGUGCUCUUGAAGCAUUAAAACCCGCUGGGCUUUGUUUCCCAUUCCUCUACAAGCUCUUUGUUUUUUUUCUGCUACACUUUUUCCUUCCACUCAACUAUCCUGUUAUACUUGGAAAAAGUAGUCUGUGAAGAACAAACCUUUUUUUAGCGUUGACCUUUGGCUGUCCUUGUCACUGACUGUCUACUGAACAACUGUCGAGUUAGCAGGCUUCCCCGUGAUUAUGUAGGCAAUAAUAUGGCAUAGCAAAACGUUUGUAUAUUAAAAAUAAUUGUAUUAGUCUUAUGUAACUCUUUGUACUAAAAGUGUCUGAUUUUGGGUUUCCUUUAGCUGGGUGCCAUAUUUAUCAAGUUUUAAUUUAGUCAAUCUAAAUCUAAAUCUGCGUUUGGAUUUAAUUUAUUGAAGUUAAAGUUUUUCGUGAUAUUCUAAUUCAUAGAGAUGCAUGCGGGUUCUUGUUUAUUUAUUUAGGGAGCAAACGUUCUUUUGCCAACGUUUAUUUAAAAACACCUAAUGUAUUUUUAUUUUUUUACUAUUACUUGAUUUCUAUCAAAAACUUGCAGCAUAUUUCCUAAAACGAGUAAGACGCCAUAGUGAAAGCUACGGAGGGUGAAAGUUCUGAAUUUCCGAGCAGCCGUGAAUGCAUCACUAGGCCCAGUGUCGUCAGCCGCUUCCCUGCGCCUCCUCCAGCAGCCAGUCAGAGGAGGGAUGCUCUGAACGCAAGACUGCAGCAUCUUCACCGAGUGAACGAAACGUCUCUUUCUCCGCGUCUUCCUCCAGCUCCGCGUCUCCGGACUCUCACCGCCCGCCGACACCCAGGGGUGUCUUUAUUCCACGCCCGGAGCCAGGACAGGACAAGAAGAGAGAGAUCGCACCGAAUAACAGAUCGGAUUUUUUUUAUACAUUAUCAUCGUUCCGCCAAUUUUUCCUUUCUUUCGUUCUCUGUUGAUUUUUCCCUCUUUGUUGUUUUUCUUUUUGUUGUUUUAUUCAUUGUUCGCAGAGGAGCGCAAUCCUCCUGUUCUGUCGGACAUGAGAGCUGCUUGCAGCGGAAUGAUACACAUAUCCUAGCACGCAUAUCUGAAGGUUGCUGGAAGAUAGAUUUUUUUUUAUUUUCCCACAGGACAGCUGAUCCGCAGGGCUUUGGGAUUUUUUCCUCUCCCUGUCUGAGCCGACCAUCUUUCCGUCGCUGCGCAGCAUCUCUCUGUAGCGCAGAGAAACGCGCAGCUCAACCUGCUCCGUCCGUAAGAAAAAAGGCGUAUUUCCCCAUUCUUAAAGCGUUCUCGCUUUCUCCCAGGACUCAUCUGCACGGCUGCGCUGCGUAAAGACCAGCGGAGAAAGGGAAAAACACGGGGAUUUAAGCGCAGACGCAGCUUAAGCAUCUAAGAGCGAGCUCGAAAAUGAUGGCCGGCGGAGCUGUACAACAAAACGGCAUUUUCUCAAAUCCUCAUCAUCACAAUCAGCAACCACACAUGGAGUCCGACCCCCCGGAUUCGCGUAAAAGACCCCUGGAGACCCCGACUGAGGCCAGCAGCACUAAGCGCACAAACACGGGAGUGGCCUUCCUGCAGCCCCUAUUUGAAUCUGAAGGCAUUGUAUACCCUCAACAAGAAACUGAGACUCAUGAGGAAGGCGAAUACUUCCUGAAGGUUUUGAUUCCCAGCUAUGCUGCUGGUUCAAUCAUCGGGAAGGGAGGCCAGACCAUCGUUCAGCUGCAGAAAGAGACUGGAGCCACCAUCAAACUGUCAAAAUCCAAAGACUUCUACCCUGGCACGACAGAGCGGGUGUGUCUGAUCCAGGGGACAGUGGAGGCGCUGAACGGUGUCCAUGACUUCAUCGCUGAGAAGGUGAGGGAGAUGCCUCAGAGCACCCAGAAGACAGAACCGGUCAGCAUCCUGCAGCCUCAGACCACCGUCAACCCGGACCGCGUCAAACAGGCCAAGCUGAUUGUCCCUAACAGUACAGCUGGGCUUAUCAUUGGUAAAGGUGGAGCUACAGUCAAGGCAGUGAUGGAGCAGUCUGGGGCAUGGGUCCAGCUAUCCCAGAAACCUGAGGGCAUCAACCUGCAGGAGCGUGUGGUCACCAUCAGUGGUGAGCCUGAGCAGAACCGUAAAGCUGUGGAGAUUAUCAUCCAGAAGAUUCAGGAAGAUCCACAGAGCUCCUCUUGCCUCAACAUCUCCUAUUCAAACAUCACAGGGCCAGUGGCCAACUCUAACCCCACCGGCUCUCCAUAUGCCAACUCCACCGAGGUAAUGCCAGCAGCAGCGGCUGCUGCAGCAGCUACGGCUUCCUCUCUGCUUGGCCAGGCUGGCUUGGCAGGAGUUGGAGCCUUCCCAGCCACCAUGUCCAGCUUCUCAGGCAAUGACUUGCUAGCCAUCAGCUCCGCUCUCAACACCCUGGCCAGCUAUGGUUACAACACCAACUCUCUGGGUCUCGGGCUGAAUCCUGCUGCUGCUUCAGGGGUGUUAGCUGCUGUAGCAGCUAAUGCCAACCCAGCAGCAGCGGCCGCAGCUAAUUUGUUAGCAUCAUAUGCCAGCGAUGCAUCUACCAGCGCAGCUCACUCUGCUGCUAGUCUUGGAGGCCUCUCCCUGGGAUCCCUGGCUGCUGCUACAGGGGCCACCAAUGGCUACUUGAGCGCAGCAUCACCACUGAUGGCGUCGUCUCUCCUGGCAACGGAGAAGCUAGCAGAGGGAGCAAAGGAAGUGGUUGAGAUCGCCGUCCCAGAAAACCUUGUUGGAGCCAUCUUGGGAAAAGGAGGGAAGACGCUAGUGGAGUACCAGGAGCUGACCGGUGCCAGGAUCCAGAUCUCCAAGAAAGGCGAGUUCAUCCCGGGAACUCGGAACAGGAAGGUGACCAUCACGGGAUCCCAGGCUGCCACACAGGCUGCACAGUAUCUGAUCAGCCAGCGAAUCACCUACGAGCAGGGGGUACGCGCCACCAACCCGCAGAAAGUGGGCUAAACCUGACAGCUGAUGAGAAAUGAGGAGGAAAAGAGGAAAAAAAAAGGAAUGGGGGCCUGGGGGAGGAGAGUAAAAAUAAAGCAAAAGGGAGAAUGGAAAAAGGAGAGGAGAGAAAGAAUAUUGGAAGGAAUCAUUUGCGCCGUUUUCUUCUGCGUGUUUUCAGUAUUCUAUAUUAAAAAAAAGUUUUUUGACUCAACGCAAAAAUGUGCUGAGAAGAUGAGGAGGGAGGGGAGCGAGUUAUUACGCUGAAAAACCAAGAAAAAAAUGUGUAAAAUGUAAAUAAGGUUUUAUUACUUAACGUCUUGACCUUUUGGGAAUUUUUAUUGUUUGUUUUGUUGUUUUUUUUUUUUUUUUUUGUUCAGUAAAUUAAGCUGUCUGUUUGUGUAUUGUGUGGACAGAGCUGAAUGCCAGGCAGACUGCCUGAGAGGCUACAGAGUGCGGGAGAAGGGGGGGGGGGGGGGGGGUUCGGGUAUGGUGAGGUGGAGGGUUGGUGUUUACAGGGUACAACCCUCCUAAAUCCUUUACAGAUCCAAACCCUUCCCCUCUAGCCCUCACACUGUAUUCUCAAACAGGUUUUCGUUUUUGUUCCAGGAAAUUUGCCCCCUCCAGCAGAAAUCCCCCCACCCCACCUUGCUUUACCCCUCCCCUUUUAACAGUUUGAAAAAGCGCAAGAUUGCAAACUUCAGCCAAGUGUGUAAGGAAAGAAAUGUCCUCGACUUCCUCCUUCCAGCUCCGCAUGUGAUUUCGCCUCCCUUCCCAGGAAAAUGGCGAAGGGAUAAGUUGAAUCUUGCGAGGUGCAGGGGGAGGAGGGUGAGGGUGAUUCUUUAUUUGCACACACACGCACACACACACGCACACUACAACUUGUGUAGCCCUGCAGGCGUGUGACAGAACACACCACCCUCCACAUGUGGCACUAAUGUUUUGGCACAUGCUGAUGACAUGAUGUAGUGCGACGCCUGAACAUGCCACCUCCGGCAAACACAGGCUCGUCAACAUCUCUGUAGUCUCCUAUAAUAAUAAUAAUACUAAUGAUGAUAUUGUCUUAUUACUACAGGAAUCAUCACCAUUGUCGCUAUUUAUUAAUGAUAUCGCCCGUAUAAAGCGCAGUCUUCUAUUUUAAUCUGUGAAUUCAGGUUGACAUGAAUGUAACUGAGACUAUUGUUUUGGUUUAAAUCUUUUGUUUUCAUGUAAGUGGACUGAAGAGGAAUAGUAAUGUCAAAUAGUGUAAUAUAUGUCUUAUUUAUGUCCAAUAAGAGAGCCGCCCCAGGCAGUAGGAUCCUUAGUGAUAUAUCCAGUCAAAGAGCAGAACAGGAAAUGCACACACACACACACUGAAAGGAAACAUUACAAUGCCGUAUUUGGUGCUACAGAAGGGAAUUCAUCAUAUCUGUGGCGCAGCCUGCAGUAAGAUUUCUAAUUUAGCAGGAAAAUAUCUAAACCACUCACACGAUAGACUGCAGUGCAGCUAUAUCAACUUUCAAUACCCUUUUGUUUUGCUCAGAUACUCCUUCUCAUGAUGCAAAAUAUCACUGCUGUCUGCAGCUGUAGUGAAACGCCCUGUUGUAGUUUGCCUUCAGAGCAAAACUGCAACUAAAAUUAAAUAAUUUAGUUGAGCUGUUGAGUUGAGACUCAAUCUCGGCUGAACUGCUGCUCCUCGGCGUGUGGUCUUCCAAACCCCUUUAGUUUGACCUCCAAACCACAGACUAUAUCAAGCAAGAGCACUUAAAGGCUAACAGCAUACUACUGAGAAAAUACAAUCGUUGAGUAGGACGAAAAACACUGAAAUAGGACAAGGGAACGUUAUUUGUCUGGGCUCCACUGCUAAAUCUGCAAGCCUUGUAGGCAGAUUUGCUCUUCAAAGGCAUCAUGUAUAUCAGUAAAGGAGAUAAAUAACCUAACUAAUACUUGCCCUUAGUCCAACUGCCAGGAAGUAAAGGGCAGAUGACAAAUUUUCAACAGACAUCCAGGGAGCAGAGCUCCUGUUUGUUUACCACCCAACGUAGACCCACAAGGCUGAUGAAGAUGAAGAUGCUGGUGUUUAUUGUGUUGAAUAUAUUUUGUUUGUGUUGUGUUUUUUUAAACAAUCGGAGUACACUGAAUUAUUUUUUUGUCUUAAUGCACUGUGAAGCUAGAGAGCAGUUUUCCCAACCUACGAGGUCAGGGAUGUGUGCUGCAGAUGGCAUCAUGACUGGCAGGGAAAAACAAACAAAAAUCCACAUAUAUGAAAUAUAUGUAGAAUGCAUAUGAAGAACUUCAUGACGAAGCAUGUCAUAUCUGAAGGAGUAGAGAGAGACUAGGUCGAUGAAGAGGAUCAAUCAGUUGUGGUUCUGGUUAGGUCCAUUCUGCCUCCCUGUUCCCUUUGUGAUGAGAGGGCAGGAUGUUAGGGGAGUGUUGGGUGUCCAGCAGCAGCUUAAGAAGACUGGAUCAAAUUCUACUAAAUCUACUUUCAGUUCUUUAAUGCAGCUCAAGAUCCAAUAGACAAAUCCCUGGAAGGUCCGAACAAGAGGAGAGGGUGUGUUUGAUUUUCUUUUACCUAAAUAGCCUGUUGAGGGAUGGGAAAACCUUUGAUUCUUUGGUAAAAAAGAAAAUAACAAUCUGACCCCAAACCAGAUAUCGAACAUGUCAUUCUCUGUUGGAGCGCCAGUGAGGGUUUAAUCUCCACAACUUGGUAAGGAGGCUUCUUUACUCCCAUCUAACACCAUCCACACCCUCCUCACCCCUCCCACCCGUCCUCAGUUUUCCAGUGCACUCCCAUUCUGACACCCCCUUCUCCUCCUAACACAUCGCUCCAUGGGUGACUAUGUCUGGUGUUCCGAUCGAUGCAUGUCUGCUGCUUGCCCCAGCAAAUGCCUCAGAUUGAGUGUGUCCUGCUGUGGCCUGUGUGGGUAGUGGAGGCUGCAGAGGACCACACCUAUGGAGGACGCAAGAGCUGGCAGGACGCAGUGGAAGAAAACACUAUUAGUGUGCAGUUUAGAUCAGUGAAUUUUACGUUGUGACUCUGGAGGCAAGUAUUGUUCAGCUGGAAUCCCCUAUUGCACAAACACAUAUCAUGAGGUAGUAUUUUGACUUUGUCAGGGGUUUGACUGGAUUUCAUGGUAAAUAGUAAAAAACUCAGCGUAGGAAGAUUAUGCGUUCCCAUUCUGCAGUGAGCAGAUGCUGUGCUGCAUGUAAACAAAAUCAUCUCUAAUUUCUCAAGUGAAAAUGUCAAACAAUUUACUGCAAUUUAUUAUUAUUUAAAUGUGCAUUUAAAACUUUUAGGCAUACCUUUUCACAGAUUCAUGGUUUUAAAGUCAAAAAUACAUUUUAAGGAAUAUCUGUAUAAAUUGAAAGUGCAAUAUGAAGAAAGCAUGCAUGCAGCACAGUAUUGGCUCCUUCCAGAGGGAGAAGUGCUGAAACAGUUAUUAAAUACAUGUGAGAUAGAAAUGAUUAAUGUGGGCGGGAUUUCUAAUUUAACUCAUUGAUCAAACCUUAAAAUAUUAUUUUAGUUAUCUCGACGUUAGGAGACUGAAAUAAAAAUGUGACAAGUACUGGAAGCAAUACUCGUGUCGGCAUAUCGUGUUGUCCCGUCUCUUAACCUCUGUCUGCCGCAUAGGAGCUUUUGGAUUUAACCGUAGAUGUUGGAUAGGUUUACAAAAGUACAUCUUUUUUUUUCCUUUUUGAAAUUUGUGGAAAUGCUGCUAUUUAAUAAUAACUGAUGUACAACGACAAGUUUGAAACAUAUCGGAACCUGUCCUUUAGCUGGAGCGGCUAGUUUUAAGUGACAGUGUAAAAUAUCGCUCUGUUAGAUGCUGAAAAUAAGUUCAUUUUGUGCCAAAAUAUGUCUUGAAGGAGCUAAAACUCUAAACGUGUCAACUCAAAACAACAUUAGGUAUGAAGAGACCUCCUUUUAUAUUAAGAAAAUGUGAAAAGUGCCAAAUGAACCAUAUUUAUAGUUAAGGGUGAAGUUCCCAUAUUUGUUUUUAGGAACUAGAUAAACUAAGAUGAAGCACCUCAGUAUAACUUUGUGUUAAAGUCCUCUUUUGUCCUUCCUGCUAAGGAAGGGACCGCCAUCUUAGUGUUAGCUGAUCCUCUGGGAGAUUCACAUCCCAGAAUGCAACAGCACUACAACUCUGGGGCUCCACCGAUCAAUAUAGCGAUAGGUUAGCAUCAUCGUGCUAAAGAAAAUGUGACUAAGAUAGCAUUCUUAAAUACGACCUUUUAUAGUUACAACAAAAAAAUAAAAUGUAUUUUGUGGAAAUAGAUGUUAUCUUUUUUGCACGUCUAUAUUGCAUGAUAUCAAAGUGAAGCGUGGACAAAAAAAAAGGAAAAAAAAUUCAAAGAAACAAAAACAAUUGAAUAAAAAUAGGAAGUGUGUGUUGUUGAUUUUCUGAAACAAAUCUCUGCAUGUCAAUAAGGGUAGAGCAUUUUGAUAUCGUUUUACAUGCGUUCAAACUGUUAUUGUUAUUCCAUGCAGUUGCGUUAAACCUGCCAAACGUGCGCUACAUAUUUGAUUUUCUUCUUACAACAGAAAACGUUUUUUAGAGUUUAAAUUGACUAAACCUUCCUAAGAAGGAUAUGAACAAAGCUCUUGAACAAACCUAAGACUUUCCUUUGUGAUAUCUUAAGCGAGCUUGGACUAAAACAUUUUUAAGUGCACAUAAACAAAUCUAUAUAUUUAUUAGGAUUUAGUUUCAAACCUUGACAGAGAUUGUCCACGAAUGUUCUCAUCAUUUCAUAAGUUUCACUUUUCUGACAACUGUCGUGCUGCAGGAGCUUCCAUGUGUUUCUGUGUGGUUUUGUACUCUAACAUUACUAACCUGUCAACACACUCUGCCGUGUGUUCUUUUAUACCCCCACGCUCGAUCUCUGGCUUGUCUUGGCAUUGAUGCACCUGAUUUAUCUGGAGCAUUUAAAGUUAUAGUAAUGGUAAAAGUUUGAUUAAACAGUUCUAGAGGAAUCCAGGAACAGUGUGUGAGAAGGGGGUAAAAGCUCCCUCAUCCCACAUGUGUUGGAAACCUUAGAAACCUUGCUGCUGAACUUGGGACAGUUUGUGUUUUUACUUGGGAUGCACCAAUCAGGUAAUUGAAACAGGAUGAUUUUCACAUUAUUUGCCUCUGACAUGUUAUGGCAGGGUUUUUAUUUCCUGCUCAAAUGCAUCAAAACAGAAAACUGACAUUUUUCAUACUUUAAACACUUAACAUGUUUUGAGUUAGAAUAGGCAUGGGCCCAUAUGGCAUUUUUACAGUAUAAUAACUUGAGUGAAUAUACAGCAACAGUAUUUAUUUACUGUAAUUAUUAUUUAUGGUUAUUUUGAUGACUAGGCAAUAAAAUGUUGCUUAUUGCACAGAAUAGUGUACUUUAUUGCAAUUUUGUUUAUAGAGUAAUACAAGAAUAACAACCUGAUAAUAGCUGGUUAAAUAAUCAAACUAUUCAUUGGGUUAGCCUGUGGUGAUGGGUGGUAUGGUGUUCUUCUAGGUUUCACACCUUGACUGUCCGUGUUUUUGUGGCCAGGAAAUAUUUCCUGCAGCAAAAUUGAUAUUUUUUGUAAGUGAGUCAAUGCUACAGUAGCCUUUUUAAACCAUCUGACUGGCAGUGCACAGUGCAAGAGUUUUAAACUUUGGUAGCAGUUGGUUUUGAACCUGCAACGUUUUAAAAAAUCUUAAGGAAUUAUUCUUUAAUGUAUCAGUGGGGAUCAUCUUGCAAUCCUUUCCAUCAAGAAACAUUGGAACACAUUUUCUCUGUCUAUUGUGAAUGUUACAUUAAAUUACUGAAGAAAAACUAAGCUAACCUGAAUAAAUUUGUAUCUGUUUAGUUCUGAGAUGAAAAUCAGAAGUUACAGCUUAGGUUAAAGAAAACUGAAAAUCAGGAUUGGCAGUAAAAGCCUGAUCGGUGCAUCCCUAGUCUACGCUCCUUUAAUAUCCAGUCCAAGGCUCAGAUCCCAAAGAAAGAAACACUAUACAGUUCCAGUGUGCUUUGAAUCCUAAUACCUCCCCUAUUUGCUUUAUUGGCUUCAGCAUGAUCAUUCUAAAUAUUUAAUUUUUCACCACAGAUUCUCUCUGUCAUUUGUUUUUGUUUUUAAGUUAGAAAGUAUUUUCAUUGGGGUCAGGUAUUGGAGCCUGGCCCAAACCCCCCAUGAACAAUGUUCCCAUUCCUGCUCAUACGUUUGCACUAAACUCUCUGCUGACACUGCAUGGCAGGCCAAGCUAAGUUGGGGGUCAGUGUGUAAGACUACUGUAGAUGUUUAGCAUUAAUGUAGAUGUUUUGUGUGUUUAGAUGUGCAUGCUUCUUCUGUCCUCUCUGGGUUUGUCCGCUAUAGGGCAGCCCUGUGCUCAUUGUGUCUUUGUUGACAGCCAAUAAGUCAUCAUUUUUCCCAUGGUUUUAAUCUGACUGUGAUGAGUAGUGAAAUGCUAAUUUAACCCCUAACCUGCUUGACAGGUGAGCUCAUAGCUUCUUCUAUUUUUUUGGCCCCUCCACUCCACCUACCUCUAGAAACCUGCUCUCACCCACACAUACCACCUGACACCCUUCAAACAACCUCCACAGUGUAUUAAAGGACUUCACCCUACCUUCUUUUUCCCUUCCUACUCUCCCAAAACGUGGUCCCCAUUGAAACACCAGCAACUGUAGACUGCAUUUGUCAUAUCACUGUUCUUCGGUUUCUUCUUCUCGCUCUUUUUAUUUACUUACUUUCCUGGUUUUGAUUUGUAUUGUAUGCUUUAACCCGAACCUGUUUUAACAAAAUGCCAUUUCUGUGUGUAGCCUGUUUACCCUUUUUCCACACACACACGCUCAAAACACAUGCUCCAUGCCCUCUUUUUCUGCACUUUCACUGCCCACUCUUCCUCCUCCUCCUCCUCGCCCAAACAUACACUCACAGCACACACUUUCCUCCUCCGCCUCCCACGAGUCUCUUCUCUCGAGUGCCAAAAUAGAACAGAGAGGAAAACAAAAAUGACAACAGCGACUACUACUACCAUUCCAAGCGUUUCUUUGAGUUGUUCUUGUGUCUUGGACAUUCAUCCUGGAAGCACCCAUGAAGCCAGCAUGCUCCGCCCUCAUAACAUGAUGUCGCUCAUGACACCUCAACUGAACAGCACCUUGCCCCCCUACCACCACCACCUUCUCCUCCUCCUUCUCACCACCCCUCCACAGAGCUAAACCCGACAAGGAUUAACCCCUCUGCAGGUUGGCUACCUACCUACUGUCCUGCCUCUCAACCCAAAAAACAAACAGCCCUACCGCUCAUGCCAGCUGCUUUCCUAAUUCUGUCAUUUCUUCAGCCUGUUGGACUCCAUUGAUUGUGUGCCAUGGUGUUGGGGGCACCUUUCACUCUCCUCACCUCUCUCCUCUCUCUGUACCUCCCCCGCCCCCACCUCUUUUCUCUUUCUUUCUCUGUGACCCCCCACCCCUCUCGCUCUCGCUCCAUUUGAUUUUUCUCAAUGGGAAAGAUUCAAAAACUCCAUUUUCUAAUGAAGAUUUUUUUGUUUCUGUUUGUCGUUUAACAUCCAAACCACGCACGCCGACACACCGCACCGCCCUCCGUGCAGUGGUGUGUGUGGGGAGUGUUUACGCACCGUCAGCUGCGCAGCCAUCCUCUGUCUUCUUGAACUUUUUGAACUUUCACCCCCUCAUGAACUUUAUUGACCUUCCUCCUCCUCCUCCUACCCCACUUCUGUGUUCAUCCAACUGUUUGGACGAUAACUCUCCAUUCCAUCCCCAAAACCUCUCUGAGACUGUGCAAUGCUAGCUGAUAUGAUUGGAUUUUUCUUUUUUGUUUGUUUGUUUGUUGCUCAUCAUUGGGGACAUUUCUCUGAGAUACAAGUCAAAAAAAAAAGGAAAAAAAAGACAUGAAAGUAAGAAAAAGGAAACGCAGACAAACAAAAAAACGAUAAAAACACUAAGCAACUGUUUCUCCACAAUUUCAUUUUUUUCUCUCUCAUUGUAAAUAUUUUUGUCAGAGUUUUGCCAAGCUGUAAAGAGAGAAAUGUUAAGCAGAAAGGGGCUGGCAGCAUAAAGAGAGAAACUCGUGGAGGCGAUCAUCCCACUCCUGAAUCCCAUAGUUAGGUCUGCCUGUAUAAUCGGCUCUGGUAGUUCUACCGUGUUGCCCUGUGCUGUUGUUAUUAGUGUUGAUUUACCUCCUGUGUGCACUGUUAGCUUUCCUGUUGGCUUGCAAACUCUUUAGAAAACUGUGUUCAUCAGAUAGCAAUUACUAACCACGAGAACUGGUCCAAGCCAUUCUCGAUGUAGGCUUGUUCAUGUGCAUUUGUUGAUGUUUUUUCUAACAGUGAGUUGUAGUGGCAUUAGUAUGUUUUAUUGUCAGGCCAUAGUUAUAGUGUUAGAGACAUAUCAUUAUGGAAUCACUGAAAAUACUUUCUCAGCUCCUCUGUGUUGGAAAAACCCCUGGAACUGAAUAUAAUUUUUUACUAAAAGAAAGCAGUUCCUCCUGGGGUUUAUAAAGAGGAGGCUGAGCUGCUAACGCUCUUGCAAUACAGUCGUAGUUUACAUACAUAGAUCCUCUGCAGGUGCCGCUCAACCAUCCUGCUGUCUGCAGAACCAAACUCAGAUCAUAUCUCCAUGUUUCGCCUCGGCAUCGAGACAUUUUGAAAAGCAGUAAUUUGCUUGAGAUUCGACUCCACCAUUUCAUUGCAUUGCUCUCAGCUCCACUCUUGAUUUAUGCUGCCUGCCCCAUCGCCCUGAGAACACCACAUGAGCUAUUUAUUUCUCAGACUAUUAUUGAUAUACUAUUAAUAAAUAACGUCGCAACAAAAAAAGGGAAUGACUGGAAAAAGGUGAAUUAAUACUAUUGUUUUGUUUUUAUUUUUAGUAUCUUAGUGGUUGCUUUUAACAACAUUCAUUAACUGACUUAAAGAUUAUUGAAUAUUUAAUGUAAUUGUAGCAUUGUGUUUGUAAAGCAAAAAAAAAAAACUAGUGAGUUGUGUUUCUUGACUUGUGGAUUACCAGUGAAGUGGGCAAUCUAGUGCUAAUAUAUAUAUGAGGUCUUUUUUUUAAGGAUUCUUAUUUUGCGACAGCAACAGCAGUCAUUAUAAAUGUUCAUUUUAGCAUCACCUGUCUUCCGUUGUCUUAUUCUUCACCUUCCACCACACUCUGCAUCAUCACAGUAACACAUCGCAAGUCCGGGGUGGGACCGAAUGCAAGUUCGUCUGAGAGAUGUGUGUUGUGUCCUGAAUGAACAAGCGUAUUGUGUUUUGUGGUAAAUGUGUGCAUGUGUUGCUCUGGUAACUUGCCUUUGGAUGCAUGUCUAUCAUGGUGUGUGUGUGUGUGUGUGUGUGUGUGUGUGUGUGUGUGUGUGUGUGUGUGUGUGUGUGUGUGUGUGUGUGUGUGUGUUAGUUCUGUGAGGGUGGGGUUCGGGGUGGGUGUUUCUGUCAAGUGUCCACCAAAAGCUAAAACCUGUCAGGCUUCCAUGCUCCCUGAUGGAACCUCCUGACGUUAUAGCUGCAAACCCUCAUCAUGUGAUCUGACUCAACUCGACUGUCCAUAACCCCUUCAGUCACCUGACCAACCAAAUCAGCCAAUCACUGUCCACCACUACCGCCUACCCCUGCGCCAUCCUUUGCUGCACACCACGUCAGCCCCAUGUGAUGUUCUCCAUCGAUAACAUACUACUGUCACAAUCUACUGUUACAUGCUUACAGAUCUGGGGAUAAAAGCUUAUGUAGCGUGUUUUCACUUUUAUAUUGCCAAGGGUUUAAAACCAAACAAAGCCCAGCCAAAUUCAAGACAAGUGCACCUCAAGUUGUUUGAUUCUUCAAAGGUUUAAAUAAAUUAAGGUUUUAUCAGUUUUAACAUGUCUGUUCCUUGGAUUUCUACCUCCAAAACCGUGGAGGUGAAGGAAAUUAAGCCUGUGGUGGUGCUCACAGCAUAAAAGCUUAAAACAAAAUCAAUAGGAAACUUUCAGUGAUGGAGAACAUGUCCUUGUUGCUCUGGGUAAACCAUCUCUGGGAACAGUUUUACUGGGACAAUUUUUUUCAGAUGAAAGCAGAUGUAGUUGUCAUGCAACGAAAAUAAAUUUGUAUUUUUUUAAGGGAUGGGGACAGACAUUUGUGGCAGAUGUGUCAAAUCUCUAUGUGUUAGAAUGUAUUUUGGCAUGACAGUAAGCUGAACCUAAUCUUCAUGAGGUGCACUUAUUUUACACCAUUUCACUCAUUUAAAAUCAUUGUUUUUAUUUUAAAAUCAAGAUUGUUCUUUUCCCCAGAGCUGCAUACUGCAUCCUAUUGUUCAUGCUACUGUACGUGCUGCAUACUACCUUUACCAGGUCAGAAUCCACCUUAACCUGUUUCCAUGCCAACCACAGAGGAGCCAGUUGCAUGGCAACUGGCUUCCACUACAACAAACCAACCAACCAGCCAUAUUGCCCAACUGAUGAAGCCCGCCCACCUGUCUAUGAUUUGCUCUUAGAGGAAGAAGCAGAGGGAGAAAAAGGAGAGGAUAGGAAGAAGGGAGGACAGAUGAAGGAAAAAUAAUUGUGAUUCUCAGGGUGUCUUACACAGAUUUACUGUUUAGUCUGUUCUCCAGUCUCUCACUGGUGUCUUGUUGCCCCAAACUGAGCCCAAAGACGACCAUAACCUCCUAUGAGAAAAUAAUUUUUAUUCCCUGAUUGACCACUGACCAAUUCUUCUCGAUCAGCUGAUUGAUAGCAUUGAUUGACCAGUUCUCUUGAGAGAUGGUACGCAGCCAGCUGAAAGAAGCUUGGCACUGUAACUUAUGUUUACAACCCAAAUGAGACCAACAACGCUGUUGACAGAAUGUGUAGGACUUAAAAAAAGAGAGAGACAAAUCUCUGAAGAGUACUUAUUUCUAAAUAAUGGAUCUUUUCGCUUACUUUUUAUGUGACAUGAGGUAAUGUAAUUUUUUUCAAUCAUUGCAUGUGACUAUUUUAUUUGCAAUGAAACUGUUAGAAUGGAUGGUACAUUUGUGACGUCAGUGCAACUUUAAGAUGCCGAUGCUAGGAAUCAGUCGGUGUCUAAACUUUUAUGUCGCCCGUGAGGAGUGCUUUUGGACCAAUGAAUGCUAAAUGUGUGACCAUACAAAGCUGUAAAGGUUUUGUUUAUUUGUACAUGGUUAUGGGUAAAAUAAAUCAUUAAAGCAAAGUAA